AUGAAGAUCACUGGUAAAUACGCUCUUAUUUUUGCAGUCUUUCUUGGGUUGCUGUCUACUGAAACGAUUGCCCAUGGUCCGCACGCUGAUAGAGGCAACAGUACUGUAGAACAAAAUGAACCUCACACACAUCACAAAAAACUGCAAGACAGUUGUCGAAACUACCACGACCUGAUGGGCGAUCCCGAUUGGAAAAAGGGAGAACCUGGCCGAGAUCACAUGAAGCACAAGAGCAACGAUCGUACUGAUGGUAUUGACACCGAUCCAACGAAAACAAUCAACUCGACAAAAUCUGCCAUUGACAGUAUUGCUAGUCCUCAACUCCUAAAUAACAAAAGUGCUGGUGAUGGUUAUAUUGAUCUGGAGUCUAAUACAUCUAACAAGACCAAGAGUUCUAUCCAUCGUCCACAGAGUGCUCUAUCCACCUUUGUACCCACCGUAACUGUGAUUACAACAGAAACUGUCUACGCUAUUGAAACCCCAGCUCCAGUCCAGUCACCUAUCAAUGACGGAGAUACUUCAAAUGGGUCAGUGCCUGGAAUUGGCUCGAUGUUCAACGGGACCCAUGAUGCUCCUGCGGAUAGUACAACAUCAUCUAAUAGCAAUACCGAACUUGACAAUGUAGCUGAAGGAAGCUCAUCCCGUAUUGAUCCCACUAAUACAGUCGUUGCUCUUGUUGCGGCUGGAAUGCUCAUUUGUCAUUUCUUCUAA